UCUGCCAUGAAAACAUGGCAGUGACAAUGAGCCAAGCUGAUGUGCAAAUGCAGCCAAAAGAAGAGGGCGAGGAAGAUGAUCGAACAAUGUCAAGAUCUGACAGCGGUAGUGGGGACGAAUCCAUGGAUGGCCUUGCUGCGAAACACAACAGGUGUCCCCCAACGCCCUCGCUGUCCCCACAGAAGCGGGCCACCAGCCAGAGCAAGACGGAGCCGCCUCUUCUGCGCACCAACAAGAGGACCAUCUACACAGCCGGCCGGCCGCCCUGGUACAACGUCACCGGGACCACCUUCAAGGAGGCGUUUGUCAUAGGUCUGUGCGGUGGUAGUGCCUCAGGGAAGACCACAGUGGCCAAUAAGAUCAUUGAGGCACUAGAUGUCCCGUGGGUAGUGCUCCUAUCCAUGGACUCUUUCUACAAGGUGUUGAGCAAAGAGGAGCAGGAGCUGGCAGCCAAGAACGAGUACAACUUCGACCACCCCGAUGCCUUCGACUUCGAGCUGCUGGUGAAUGUGGUCAAGAAGCUGAAGAAAGGCAAGAGUGUCAAGGUGCCAGUCUACGAUUUCACCAGCCACAGCCGCCGCAAGGAGUGGAAAACAGUCUACGGCGCCAACGUUGUCAUAUUUGAGGGGAUUUUGGCGUUUGCCAACAAGGAUCUGUUGAAGCUACUGGACAUGAAGGUGUUUGUGGACACCGAUUCCGACAUUCGGCUGGUACGGCGUCUCAAGAGGGACAUUCAAGAGCGCGGCCGCGACAUCACUGGCGUCAUCAAGCAAUACAACAAGUUUGUGAAGCCAGCGUUUGAGCAGUACAUCGAGCCGUCGGUGCAGGUGGCGGACAUCGUGGUUCCCAGAGGGGGAGAAAACUUUGUUGCACUAGAUCUGAUUGUACAGCAUGUACACAGCCAGCUGGAAAAGAGGAAGCAGCGUGGGGAUAUGUCAGCUCUAGCCACGGCCCAUCAAGGCCAGCCCCUCCCCAAAACCCUCACUGUCCUGGAGAGCACGCCCCAGGUGCGGGGGAUGCACACCAUCAUCAGAAAUAAGGACACGAACCGGGAUGAAUUUAUUUUCUACUCCAAGAGAUUAAUGAGGCUGCUGAUUGAGAGGGCGCUCUCCUUCCUGCCCCUCAAGCCUGUGUCUGUGGAGACACCACAAGGGGCCAUCUAUGAAGGGAAAAGACUCAGUGGCAAAAGGAUCAGUGGCGUGUCCAUUUUGAGAGCAGGCGAGACCAUGGAGCAGGCUCUAAUGGCCGUCUGCAAAGACAUUCGGCUGGGCAAGAUCCUCAUCCAGACCAAUCACGACACUGGAGAGCCCGAGCUCCACUACCUGCGGCUGCCUAAGGACAUCAGUGAGGACUAUGUGAUCCUGAUGGACAGCACCGUGUCUACAGGGGCCGCCGCCAUGAUGGCCGUCAGAGUGCUGCUGGACCAUGAUGUCCAGGAGGACAAGAUCUUCCUGCUGUCACUGCUGAUGGCCGAGAUGGGCGUCCACUCUGUGGCCUACGCCUUCCCCAAGGUGCGCAUCAUCACCACCGCCGUCGACAAGACGGUCAACGACAAGUUCCACAUCAUUCCCGGGAUCGGUAACUUUGGGGACCGUUACUUUGGCACCGAUGCUCCUUCGGAUUGGUACGAGAGCGACGAGGGAAUGGACUACUGAAUGUGGAGGCUGGGGG